AACGACGCGCCUGGCAAAAGAGCAAACAGCAGUUGAUGUUCGACAAAGAGUGAUCGAGGCAAGGGACUCCCUAGAGCAUGUAUCGCCCACGACCCUCGACGCACGGCGGCGAGGCUACUCCCUCAUCCAAAAUAUCGCGUGUUGGUACACCCUCAAACAACUCGAUCGACCGCCUCUCGAAACCCUUCAAAUGCCCUGGCUCAGCAACGCCAACACGAGCCUCAGAAAAACCAACGAGGAAGCGGAGAAAAGUUAAUUAUGCCGGGGCGGAUGGAAGUGUCGAUGAUAAUAGUGUGAAACCAUACACCAACGAGGAUCGCCUGGCGCUUGCCACUAGAGAUGUCAACAGAUUCCCGGUCUUCAAAGCGCGAGAUAAGGAGGUAGCAUUCAAGCAGGCGUUCAAAGUUCCUCUCAUCAACAAGUCGACUGGAACCUACGACAGUUCUCGACCCGCUCCGACUCUGGGAAUGAGGCAGGGUGCUACAUUCGUGGUAAAGCCGCUGCAUGACCCGAGUGGAGAGUUUGCGAUUGUCCUAUACGACCCUACCGUUGAUGACAUUGAGGAUACCGAGGCGAAGAAGCAGGAGGGAGAGCCCGAAGAUAAGAACCCUAAAUUGGACGAGCCUCUCGUCCAUAAGAGCCUGGCGGAUAUACUUGGGCUCAAGAAGAAGGUCGAGGAUCGUCCAAGGGUGCCCGUCGUGAUAGAUCCAAGACUGGCAAAAAUCCUACGUCCGCAUCAAGUGGAGGGAGUCAAGUUCCUAUAUCGUUGCACCACGGGUAUGAUUGACAAGAAUGCGAAUGGCUGCAUUAUGGCGGACGGUAUGGGGCUGGGAAAGACGCUUCAAUGUAUCUCGUUGAUGUGGACGUUACUGAAGCAAUCGCCCGAGGCCGGCAAAACGACUAUUCAGAAGUGUAUCAUCGCCUGCCCGUCAAGUCUGGUAGGGAACUGGGCUAACGAACUUGUCAAAUGGCUGGGGAAGGAUGCCAUCACUCCGUUCGCGGUAGAUGGCAAAGCCUCGAAGACAGAGCUUACAAGCCAGUUGAAGCAAUGGGCGAUUUCCUCGGGCCGCUCGAUUGUCAGACCAGUACUCAUUGUUUCUUACGAGACACUGCGGAUGUAUGUCGACACGCUAAGGGACAGUCCGAUUGGACUGCUUCUGUGCGACGAAGGCCAUCGAUUGAAGAAUAAGGAGAGCUUGACGUGGACUGCACUCAACAGUCUAAACGUCCAGCGUCGUGUGAUCCUGUCUGGUACCCCCAUCCAGAAUGACCUUUCCGAGUACUUUGCCCUGCUCAAUUUCGCGAACCCUGACCUCCUUGGUUCACAAAACGAAUUUCGCAAAAGAUUCGAGAUACCCAUUCUCAAGGGUAGAGACGCAGCAGGAAGCGAGGAAGAUCGAAAGAAAGGAGACGAACGUCUCUUAGAGCUCUCCGGCAUUGUUAACAAAUUCAUCAUUCGUCGCACCAACGAUAUUUUAUCCAAAUAUUUGCCGGUCAAGUACGAGCAUGUCGUUUUCUGCAAUCUCUCAAAGUUUCAGCUUGACCUUUACAAACAUUUUAUCGCAAGUCCGGAAAUCAAGAGUCUCUUGAGGGGCAAAGGAAGUCAGCCGUUGAAAGCUAUUGGACUGUUGAAGAAGUUAUGCAACCAUCCAGACCUGCUCAACCUUUCAACUGAUCUUCCCGGAUGUGAGCAUGCAUUCCCAGACGACUACGUCCCACUCGAAGGAAGAGGUCGCGAUCGAGAUGUCAGACCCUGGUACUCAGGGAAAAUGAUGGUCCUUGACCGUAUGUUAGCACGAAUACGGCAGGACACGAAUGACAAGAUUGUCCUAAUCAGCAACUACACCCAAACACUCGACAUUUUUGAGAAGCUUUGCAGGUCAAGAGCUUACGGUUGCUUGAGGCUGGAUGGUACGAUGAAUGUAAAGAAACGACAGAAGCUGGUCGACAAGUUCAAUGAUCCUAAUGGUGAGGAGUUUGUCUUCCUUCUCAGCAGUAAAGCUGGUGGGUGUGGUCUUAACUUGAUUGGUGCCAAUCGAUUGGUGUUGUUUGAUCCAGACUGGAACCCAGCUGCGGAUCAACAAGCACUCGCGCGAGUCUGGCGUGACGGUCAGAAGAAAGACUGUUUCGUUUACCGCUUUAUCGCGACAGGAUCCAUUGAAGAGAAGAUAUUCCAACGCCAGUCUCAUAAGCAGUCGCUGUCUUCGUGUGUGGUCGACUCGGCCGAGGACGUUGAACGGCACUUCUCCCUGGAUUCACUCCGUGAGCUAUUCCAGUUCAAACCCGAAACCACCAGUGACACGCAUGACACUUUCAAAUGCAAGAGAUGCAGACCGGACGGGACACAGUAUAUAAAAGCACCUGCUUUGUUAUAUGGUGACACUAGUUCUUGGAACCAUUUUGUGAAUGACGGGGAAAAAGGCCCGCUUAGCAAGAUCCAAGACUUGCUCAUUCGACAAGAGACUCAAGAGAGAGAUGUCUCGGCAGUUUUUCAAUAUAUCAGUCAUUGAACGGCGAACAAGGUCUUUGUUCUCGGAGUAUUGGGGCUCUUACAAAUUGCAUUGACUAUUGGAUCGGAAGCCGGUUUUGUCUUUUGAUAGAACUGUCCUGGAGCGAAACUUUAUGGGAUGUUUGACUAGCGAUUACUGGACUAUGUGACUAUCGAGAUUUUGAUAAUAGAUAUACGCUAUUCAUUCUGUCUUCUGCAUAGUGUAGUACUUAUCAAUCAGCGG